AUGGAUAAGAUAACUGAUAAAUGGCCUACUUUUGAAACUGUCUUAAAUCCAGAAUUUUGUCAGGUUUGGGCUUUUAUUUCUGAUGGAAUGUGGGAUAUGAACAAACUGAAGCUCUGUUUUGGUCAAUACCUAAUUGAAAUGAUCAUCUCAAUACUAAUUCAUAUUGAAGUUAAUGAAGACAAGCUGGAUUGUAUCAAGAAGUUCUCUGGUAGAUCUAUAGCAGCAAUUGCAAAUGAGAAAAGAUUUGAUAAUGAUAGAGAAGAUAAAAAUUUGAUCUGGAGAAAGAAAUUGAUGUUAAAGCCAAAGAUUGAUAUGUUUUGGUGGAGAUUAUACAGGAAUGGUAUCCCUACGUUUGAAUUUCUUUUGUAUAGGAGGCUUGCUGAGUUUGGAGAUUGCCCGAGAGGUUUUAAGGAGAUGGAAGAUACAGAGCACGUGGUUUCAAAAUGUUAUUUAAUUAAAUGGGUAUUGAAAAUGCAUGCUGAUUGGCAUUUUAUUAUUCCAGCAUUUGAUUCUUUAACUGGAUGUUAUCUGUUACUAAAUAAAUUGGCUACAUCUAAUCCGUUCCUUGGAAAUCGGCUUUGCUCUGUGGUUUUCUAUUGCUGGAAAAGCAAAAAUAAACUAGUUCAUGAAGGGACGGAUGACAGUUGUUCUACCAUUGCUUCAAAUUCCAUUAUUCAGACUGUUUCAUCUUUUGAUUCUUGUUUAAUCCAUAAUAACUGGAAUGCUAAUAAGCUGUUUAAGCUGUCACAAUCUUCUUGGCAUCCUCCUCCUCCGGGUUGGAUCAAGGUGAAUAUAGAUGCUUCAGUUCCUCCUAAUAACAAAGCUGGCAUUGGAGUAGUUUUCAGGGACUGUAAAGGCCAUGGAUUAGUUGCUUUUGGAUUUCAAUGUCUUCAUUGGGAUUGCUCGCAAAUGGAAUUAUUUGCAAUUCUAGCAUUGAGAGAUUAUAUUCAAGAUUGGAUGCUUGAAGUUAAAGGCAUUGUGAUUGAGGGUGACAAUUUGAAUGUCAUUAAGAUCUUUCAAAAUUCCUUUACAAAGCUAGUCAAGGCACCAUUUAUUUUGAGAGAUUUUAUGAGCUGUAGAAUGGUGGGGACGAAGGAUUCUAUUUUGAAAGCUGUGAGCAAUCAGAAUCAGAGUGGUAGUAGAAGGAAUAGCAGCAGCAAUACCUAG